AUGAAAGACGAAUACAAUUCGCAGGUAAUCUUGCCAAGACCAUGCUGACGUAGGAUCUCUGACGGAGAUCCUCAUAAAAAGAGGGAGCGAGAGUCGUGAAGAGAGAGGAGCGAGCUCGUCACUUUUUCAUGAAUAGCUAACAGAAGACUAUCAAAUGACUGGCUGUUGCGGACCGCCGACACACUUUAUGGGGACCAGAUCAUGCAAAAAGGUGAACUUUGCUUUUCCAGGAAUGUAUGGUGUGUUCGGCGCCGGCUGACGGUCUCCAUUACGGUGCAAUCAGCUGCCGUUCGUGCAACGCCUUCUUUCGUCGAACGGUCGUCGAGAAAGCGGUAUGUUUCGUUUCCGCGAACAAGUGGGAAAACGAGGGACUUUCUGUCAUCCUUGUGCGCCAACAGGAUGAAACUUAUUUGUCAAUCAGUGAAGAGCGUAUGCAAACAGCCUUCGCUCGAUAGUUUCGGUUUGGGCGAUCCAAGAUCACUGUUGUGAACAUAGAAAUCUUGCACAACGUUCUAUGCUGCUGCCGUCGUCGCCUUGCUUGCAAAUGGGGGAGCAAACAAGCCACACUGUGCACGUUUUGAAAUGCGCUGAUAUGUAGCACGUUCAGCUGUUAAAGAAUAGAAGAGAAAGAAGAUAAGCCGGAGAUUACUGUAAUAGAUGAUUCCAAUUGCUUUGGACAGAGCGUAAGAACAAAACAGUCGCAGGAAAUCCCAUUAGACGCAUUCCCCGCUCAAUUUGAUUAAUAGUCUGCUUUCCAUAAAGAUUACACAGUCGGGGCCUUUCCGAGGGUCGUACACCUCUGUCAGCCCGAGCCGGCCCGGUACUUCUAGCCCGAUACAUGGGUUUUGACGGAAAUUUUUUGAAAUGACUUCUGAAAAUAAAGGCAAUUUGUAUAAUUCAACUUUUCAGGAAUACCGCUGCAAACACAGCAACAACUGCGUCAUUGACCCGGAUGGAAGGUGUGCGUGUCGUUCGUGUCGAUUCAACAAGUGCAAGGAAGCGGGAAUGAAGACCUCUGGUCAGUGAUCGUUGCGUGACGGAAACGAGAAGUUUUCUUCCGGUUCUCGGUCGGAAAUUGAAGUGAAAAGUGUUGCCUUAAAUCUGAUUUCAUCUCUUUCCUUUCCCUAGCAAAUCCAACCAACCAUUUCAGCAGUCCAACCGCGACGAGACCCCACUGGAUCGCAAAAAGAGCGUCGGAAGAGAACGAGCGGACAAGCGAACCCCGAUGGUUCCAUGUCAAACAGUCCGAUGGAGCGCAGCAACAACAGCUUCUCCUCGACGGACGGAUUCACGCCGAACAACUCGUCGUUUAUUGUGGAUGCCAUCAAGUCGGACUAUGGAUUUGUCGUUCCGGCGAAAGUUUCUCAUGAAUAUGUGAAUUCGCCGCAAGAGCGCUAUGGAAAGCACGUGAAGAUGGAGGUCGACGAGGAGCCAGUGCCUAGCACAAGUUCUGUGCCAGAGAAGGUACGGAAGCGAGACUGAAUGAGUACUGAUACGGCAGCAUUUGAUAGAACUUUGAAGUUCCCGCUGAACUCCAAACACCAAAAACGUCAUGAGCUAGUAACCCAAUUCCGAGUGACAUUCUAACUCUCCGUUUGCAGAUCUCCCGCCUCAGCACACCACACGAUGAUGAGCAGCAAGAGUUUCGGCACUUGGUGUACGCUUACGGCGAGCAUCAACGCAUGAUGCAGCUCUCGUUUUCCACGUUCGAGCAGUUUCUGGAUGAGCACAAUAGUGGGCAGAAACUACGGAAAAUGGAGCCGGUGGACGUGAGCAAAUUGUCGGCGGUCGAGUUGACCGGAUUGUUGUACUGGAUCGAGAAGCAGCAGCCGUAUACAGAGCUGUCGAGCGAAGACAAAUCGGUGUUGCUGAAACGGUACUCGGUCCGAAAGCUGAGUUUGGAUCACUUUUACAGUGCAUCGAAACACCCGGAAUAUGUAAGUGAUGUGGAGAUUGAAGGCAAUUUAGUUAAUCGUUACGGAAAAAGUCAAAGAGUCAAUUGAAUCUCCGCAAAAAACCUUGAACCAAAGUAUCAGAUUAGCCGAAAUUUGUUAGACUGAACUAAAAAUACAUACAUAGAUGGACGUGUUUUCAUGAACUCUCAAAUUUGGCUUUCAGUGCUGUGCUCUUCUUGUUUCGCCAAAUGAACAUGAAAAAAAUAACGUUAUUUUCAGUGCGCCCGCGGCGAAUUCGUCAUGAACAACUACACAUUUGUCCCGGCUGACCGCACCGGAUUCGAGUUGCCCGACGACGAUCCGCAUCAAAUUCAGGCCAAGAGAGAGUAAGCGUUUCACAAUUAUCAUUCUGUUCUCAGAAAUGAACCCCUCCCCCGAGACCUUAACCUGUGUCGUCACCAACUAACGUCACCUAACCCGAAACGCGUCGAGAAACAGAUAGUAUCCCGCGUUUUGUUGAGUUUAGUCUUUUCAGAACGUUCGCACCAACAUUCUCGCGAUUCUGGAGCAACGUCAUCCAUCCGUUUGUGGCGAUGAAAGUGAACGACGCGGAGAUUGUGUUCCUGCAUAUUAUGCUGCUUUGGAGUCUGACAAGUGAGUCUGGAAGUUCCAGACAUAAACAAAACAUGUUUUUUGGUGUCUAGUUACUGGAAAUUGUUUAUUUCAGAUAACGAGCAUGUGACCGAUGUGACCCGAAAAGUGAUGAAGGAGCGCAGGGACUGGGCGAUGAACCGGCUGUUCGAGUGGUACAACGAACAUCGGGUCGAAGAUCCCGAACUUCGAUUCGGGCAGAUGAUCCUGUUGCUCGGAGAGAUUGAGGCACAUACAAUAUUUGAUCAGACUCUGGGAAAGAACCCAAUUAUUUCAGCUCAUUUGUGACAUGCAUUGCCAAGACUUCCAAGUGGCCAAACUGUUCGAGUUCUGCGACAUGAGCAAAUUCUGGUACGAGACGUUGUGCUACGCGCCGUGCAACACCAACGUUUUGAAAUUCGAUCCGAACCUGCUCGAGAACUUGAAGAGAUUCACUGCGAUAAGUACGUUUACUUUUUCACUUAAAUUUUCACUUGUCUAGCAAAACGUUUCUCCAGUUUUUUCGCUUGCCAGUGUCACUAGGGAGGGGAGAAAGAAAGACAUUAAAAAAAAAUUCUAAUCGGCUAAUGGCCUGACUGCACACUGUCCAAUAACAAUCUUGAUUUCAGGUGUUAUGGAAGCAAACAACGCAAACGUCAAGUCCGAACUGAAAGCGGAGCUCAAGUCGGAGCCAAGUCCGUUCACAAUGGACAUGGAAAACGGGCAGAACGUGUACAGUGAGCAGACACAGUACACGUGCUCCAAGACGAGCAUCGACGCGUCGCUGGCCAACAUUGAUCCGGCGCUUCUGGUCUUCAAUGCGCACAUGCUGCCAAAUGUGCUGGCGCCGCUUCCCGACGACCUGGACUACAGCCACGCGGGACUGUUCCAGCACUCUGGCGAAGAGAUCAUGUUAUGA